AUGGUUCAAGCUCGCUCCACCACCCCUCCCUAUCGCAUGCAACGCGCAUUGAGCAUGGCUGCUGACACUAAGCGAGCCAGGGACAACUUCUAUAUCUCAUCUGAAUACCCAUACACUCAACAGAUCCCCGCCGUCCCUUCUGUCCCUACCCUCCCUCCACCAUCCACCGUUGACCAAAUCCCUCACGACCAUACCCAUGAGCCCUUCUUUGUCGACUCUGAACAUUUCCAACGGACAACCCCCCAACAGGGAGACCAGAAAAAGGAGGCCCGCGCUGCUGCCCGUCAGCGUCGCGAGCAGAUCAUUAUCAUGCUCCAGCAACAACAGAUCGAGGCCCAGGAAAAGGCCAAGCAGGACAAGCUCGAGCGUCAACAGCAAAAGGCUGAGCGGAAACAACGGAGGAGCGACUACAAGCAGAUGUACAAGGCACAGCAAGAACAUAGCCUCGACGGCGACAAGGAUAAGCAGCGAUCCCUCCCCAUCCACCCUCUCUCCUUCCACGACGGUAACAACCCUCAAUUCCAGUCGAGCCAGUUCUACCAUGUCGACCCUUUGUCAUCACAUCAGCAGGAGCUCCUCUCCUCGGCUUCUUCAACAACAACCUCCAGCUCCUCCCGGUCAAACCCAGACCGAGUGCGUUCUCUGAGUCUGAAGAGCAACACAAAGUCGAUGUAUGACCUCCGACCCUGGUCUGGCGGACCUCAGUCGGCCUCCCCAAAGAACCACCGCAACAACAACACCACCACCGCCAACGACCAGUCUGGCUACGACAGCGAUGAAAACUCGGCAAGAUCUCACGGCUGGGACUCUUUGAUGGAUACCCUGCAUUCGCCUACCCUCACCGCCCCUUCUGAGCUGACCAGCUGGGACUCCAAGGACGAUGUCGACCAGGACCUGAUGGAGUCGAUGAGCUCCUUCUCACUCUCAGGAGACUCUGGCAAUGGCAAUGGCAAUGGCAAAUACUUGCUGGUUUUGGGAGCCAACGGUCGAACCGGGCUGGAGGUUGUCAGACAAGGGCUUGAGAGAAACUAUAGAGUUACGGCGUUUGUGCGGGAUGAUAAAUUGCUGCUCGAGGACUCCACGCUUCGCAAGAACCAGAACCUCCUCAUUGUCAGGGGCUCGCCGACAUCCCAAGCCGACCUAGACCGUUGCGUUGAGGGUCAGGAUGUUGUUGUCAACGUGAUUGGGGCUAGGCUCAUGACCAAUGAUGCCACUAUCGGCUCACAUUCGCAAGUGGUCCUCAACAACGCGUUGAAGAAGCAUGGCGUGAGAAGAUUGAUCGUUGUGACAUCGUAUGGCUGCCUCGGGCUUCGCAACUACCUCAUCAACACGUGCAGGCUGUUCUCGCGUGUAUUUAUGACUGGCAUCCUCAAGGAUAAGGUACUCCAGGAGGAUAUCAUCCAGCGCGACUCUCAGUUCUUGGAUUGGACCAUUGUCCGUCCCAUUACGCUGAAGGACGGCGAUCUUUCUCAGAAGUACUACGUGAGCUCUGAAGCUCUUCCCAAGACUAACAAAGUCAAGGUCCUGACACGCAAGGAUCUUGCCCAUUAUAUCCUCACCAUCAUCAACCGUCCUCAGGAAUACAACACCAUCCGAAGCAUUGCUGGCAGGCCAAGGAACCGUCAAGCGGCUCCUCUCGUUGGUUAUGAGAAGAACGAGAAGCGACUUAUCUAA